AUGAAGGCGUUAUACCUAGUGUUGGCGCUUUGCCUGAUGCCAUGCUGCAGUCAGUUCAUAGACGACAUGCAGAUAUUCGAGUCGGCGUGCCUCGGAGAAGAAAUCUACCAGUGCCUCGGCGGUGGCUGUGUUGCCUCGCACCAAUAUUGUGAUGGCAACAUCGAUUGUGAUGAUGGUAGUGAUGAGAAUUUUUGUGUGGACCAUCGACCAGAUGCGAUCCUAUGCAAUCAAACGCACCAGUACCUCUGUUUGGACCAGAAGCGUUGCAUCCCCAACACUUGGAUCUGCAAUGGAGACGUCGACUGCGAAGAUAGUAGCGACGAAGCCAACUGUACCACGCUACCGGAGAUUACUAAGAAUUCUACAUGCAAGGGUUUCGUGUGCGACGGCGGCCGCUGCAUCUCUCGCCUGUGGACUUGCGAUGGGUCAUACGACUGCAGAGACAGGACCGACGAGGAUAUUGAUACCACUUGCAGACACGCACUUCUUCCCCACACGGUCAAUGAUGGCGUGGAAUGUCGAGAGUUUCCCGGACUUGGUUCACGUAAUUACAAAUGUCUGGAUUCGUCUUUCUGCUUGGCACAGGAUCAGAUGUGCGAUGGCAUACAUGACUGUAGAGACGGCAGCGAUGAAGGAAAAUUCUGUGAUCAAUGGCAUACUAUGUGUGCCAACUUCUCUUGUGGAGGUAACAAUACGGCUUGCAGCCCGGAGCGCCAGGGACCCACGUGUAUUUGUCUGCUCUCUAAUUCUAUGCUGCAGUACAACUAUACUACGAAACGGUGCGAGAACGUGAACGUGUGCCAGCAAGCGAGGCCGCAGUGUUCCCAUUCUUGCGAGAAUAAAAAUGGUUAUUUCGUUUGUCAAUGCGAAACGGGAUAUGUGAAAGACGCUCUGGAAUACCUCUGUUACGCUCCAGGACCAGAAGCUAUAUUAUUCUUCAGUACCCGCAACGAUAUUCAAUAUGUGACCCUUAAAUCCAAACAACAUGUUAAACUAACGCUCGCAACUGGAAUUAAACAGGCUCACGGCGUAUCGUACGACGGCAACUAUAUCUACUGGGUUGAGACAGCGCAGGGCCACCAGUCUAUAGUCAGAUCUAAUAUCAAUAACUUUCAGGAGUCUCAAGAGGUCUUAGUUGCUCUGGGUUUGGAAGAUCCUGGUGAUAUCGCAGUGGACUGGCUAGGUGGCAACAUAUACUUCAGCGAUGCAGAACGAGGCAUUAUCUCGGUCUGCAAAAGCGACGGGUCCAUCUGCAAGACCAUACACACGGAGACCAGACAUCCUAAAUACGUCACGCUUGAUGUGAAACGAGGGAAAAUGUUCUGGUCGGAUUGGCACAACCAGGCCAUCAUCAUGCAGGCAAGAAUGGAUGGUACAGACGCUCAAGUCCUGGUACAUGAUCUCGCUGGCUUCGCUACUGGUCUUUCUAUGGACGCUCCAAAUCAACGACUCUACUUCGUGGAUAAGACCAUCAAAGUUGUCAAGGUCGAUGAUGGAAAGGUUUAUUCUCUAUUCAACGAGCCGUUCCAUCAUCCAUAUUCUAUUGCUGUAUUCGAGAACACGGUCUUUUGGAGCGACUGGGCUUCAAACAGCAUCCUCAGCGCAGACAAACUGCACGGCAGUACUGAGAAAAGAAAUCUUCUUCUGUCACUUGAUUUGCCCGUUUUCGACAUGCACAUAUAUCAUCCAGUGAUGCAAAAGCACGCGACGAAUCCUUGCCAGUACGCUGGCUGCACGCACUUGUGUCUGCUGACCUCAAAUACGAGCUAUGUCUGCGCCUGCCCUGAUGAUAUGGAACUGGUUGCUGGAAUUAAUUGCAGACAUAUUGAAGACUAUCGACCUCAAUACCUGAUCGUGGGUGGAGGCGCAUCGUUCACUCGUAUCCAGUACAACAUGCUGGGGAACCCGGAGAGUCACGCCACGCACUUUGAUGUCGGAAGAGUACAAGCAAUGGCUUACGACAACAUUAGAGAUGUACUAUACUUGUAUGACGGACAACGUAAGAGUAUCAACUUCAUAAGUAUGAAAGAGUUUCUGUUGGGCGUUACACACUUGUUCAUUUACGACGGACUCGAAAACGUCGUUGACAUGUCUUACGAUUAUGUAACGGAUUCACUUUAUAUCCUGGACUCGGGCCGUCGUAUUAUCGAGGUGGUCUCCUUGAAGACCAAGCAGAGAGCUCUGCUGUACCGCUUCCGUGAUGAGGAGAUACCAGUCAGUCUAUGUGUUAUGUCGGAUUAUGGGAGAAUGAUGGUAGCGAUAGUAGAAAGUGAACAAAGCAAUGAGAUUCACGUUGAUAGCAUUGGUUUAGAUGGAGAGGACAGGAAACAUCUUUUGAUGAACAACUUGAUGGGACCAUACGUGCGUUUGCGAUACGCACAAAACAUGGAUGUGGUUUUCGUAUCAGACGAAGGUCACGGCACAAUUGACUUUGUGCAUCCAGAAGGUACCGGUCGUGAAAAUUUCCGUGAGCUGACAACUACUAUUGCUAGUCUCGCCGUCACAGAUAACUACGUGUUCUGGACAGGUCGAAGAACUGCCCAACUCUUCUGGUCCGACGUGCAUGAGAUUACGCACAAGAUAAGACGAAUCGAGCUAUCGAUCUUUCCCAAUAACACGCAGUUACACAUCCUAGCCACAACACCACAGCCAAGUACUGACAGUCCCCUCAUAAGACACCCAUGUCUGACCCACAACCCUUGCUCUGCUGUCUGCGUCCAGCGACCUCAUACAACCCCCCAUCAUUCCCCUAACAACUUCACCAUGGGGUACAAGUGUCUCUGUCCUCCUGGCCUGGUCCUCAAGAAUGGCAACUGCACCAUGGUUGCCAACUGCAAACAAAACGAAUUCUAUUGUCAUAAAACGAAUCAAUGUUUUCUAAUGAGCCAAAAAUGUGAUGGAAAAAAGGAUUGUCUAUUUGGUGAAGAUGAGGAAGGCUGUGCAGUGAGCAAAGGCGUGGAAGCGACUAUAUGUUCGUCACUGGAAACCUUCUGCGAUGGUAAAUGCAUAAAUAAAAAUGAGGUCUGUAAGUCUGCAGACACGGCUAAAAAUAACCAGACGUGCAGUCCAACUCAAUUCAAAUGCACGAAAGAUCACAUUUGCAUCGAGAGGUCGCUAGUGUGUGACGGUCAUGUCGAAUGCCCCGACGGUUCAGACGAGGAUCCAACUUCAUGCGACACACUAUCUUGCUUCGUUACUGAAUUUAUGUGUGCAACAGGGUCCUGCAUUCCGAUCUAUUGGCGCUGCGACGGCAGUGAAGACUGCGUGGACGGUUCUGAUGAACUCAAAUGUGAGAACAAGAGCUGCAACUUAGGUCAGUUCCAGUGCCACAGCGGGGAGUGUAUAGAGCUGAACAAGAGAUGCGACGGCGAGUUGAACUGCUUCGACCAUUCUGACGAGGACAACUGUGACGUCACCGACGGCUUCGAGGCCAUAGUCAGUUUAUUUGAACUUACUGUUAAGACAUUGGAGGAGAGACCGCGCUGCCAGCCCUGGGAAUACACUUGCGAGCACAAUGACAGCAUUUGCUUACCGCUAACUGUUAGAUGUAACGCCAAAGUGGACUGUCCUGGUGGCACUGAUGAGGCAGGUUGUGACUUCCGCUGCGCGCCGCACGGUCUUUUCGAGUGCAAGCAGGAGAUGAGCUGCGUCGCCAAGAAACAGCUUUGCGACGGCAAAAAUGAUUGCAUGGACGGCUCAGAUGAGACACUUGAAGCUUGCAGGAAGGUCAACGCGACUUUACCUCAUAACAUCGCUAAGUAUCCUGCUGCGCAAUGUCGGAACGGUUACUUGUGCAACAACGGACAAUGCAUAGAGUUGUCGGAGUUAUGCGACGGCACGCCCAACUGCUUUGAUGGCAGCGACGAGAAUGGACAGUGUAACAUUGGCUGCGAAACAUUGGGUUGCGAGCAGAAAUGCGUGCGCACGCCUCAAGGUCCGCGCUGCGAAUGCCGGCUGGGCUACAAGCGCGCGCCCCCUGCCGGCUGCGUUGACAUCGACGAGUGUGCGCUUGAUGUGUGCUCGCAGAAGUGCAGGAAUGUGCCUGGUUCCUUCAUAUGCUCCUGUCAUCAUGGAUAUGCGUUAAGGUCAGAUAGCAGGUCGUGCAAGGCGGUGCGGGGCGGAAUGUCAGUACUAUACGUGUCCGGUAACACAGUGCGUGCGGUGUUCCCAGACUACAAGCAGCGUUUGGAAUACCAUGAUACCAAUCUAGCAUCUAUCAACGAUCUAGACUUUAACGUUAGAAAGAACUUGCUGUACGUAGCAUCAGCCGCAUCUGGGAAACUGAUCGAAGUGAACGCGACCAGAGAUGAUGUCUCCGUCACGAACAUCGGCAGACCGACAAAGGUGGGUGUGGACUGGAUAACGGGUAACGUGUAUUUCGUGGAUAGCACACCUGGAGCUAGCUGCUUCCGCGUCUGCAGCAUGCGUAAGAAAAGGUGCGCCAAGCUACAGAAGUUGCCUACUGAUGCUCAGGUGACUGCAUUAGCAAUAGACCCAGCAGCACGUCGUAUGUUCUACUGCAUCAACCGGGAACUAGAGUCAGUGGUGCGAUCAGCCUCAUUGAACGGCCGUCGGCUGUCAGAUGUGGCCACUGUCAGGAACUGCACCGGUAUCGCAGUUGAUUCCUUUACUAGGAUGCUGUACGUUGCGGAAACUGGACCCUCUCAUGUACUCCGAAUGGAUUACGAAGGGAACAAUAUGAAAACAGUUCUUUCCAACGACCGUAGUCUUCAAGCGCCGCACGGUCUUGCCAUAUUUGAAGAUUCAAUAUUCUUUCUUGGCGCGAACACGUUCAAGUUAAACCGUUGCUUGUUACACGGCGUGAAAACGUGCGAGCCUUAUCUAUACCUACCAUUUGACGCUAACACGUUCGUGUUACGUCACGAGAGCGUGCAGCGUGACGACGUGACGGACGAGUGCGAGCGCGUGACGUGCGCAGGAGUGUGCACGUUGGAUGACGCGGGGCCGGCGUGCGUGUGCGUCAGUGGCGCCCUCAGUAGUGAUGGUACUUGCCCGUUGGUGAAGCAAGCGCAGUUGCCACUAUUUAACGGUUGGCUGCAACAAGAUUACGUACAACACGCUUACUCAUACACACUGGUUGCGAUCGUACUGACUCUAUUCGGAGCUUACAUCUGCCUCUUUAUUUACUACCACUUCGUAAGGAAACCCGCCAAAAAACGAGCUGGGGAAUACACGCAAGUACGUUAUCAGAAUAAUGGGUUGGAGACAACGCCCAAUCUUGGUUUGGACAAUCCUAUCUUCAGUUUACCACCUACAGUCGGAGGUAUUGCGCAUGAGUUCGUGAACCCAUUGCAGUUUGUUAGAGAUGUUUGGAGGCAAUCUCUACCGAGAAACAGGCCAAUCGGCACUGCGGGCAUCACAUUUGACUCUCCGCAGAUGAGACAGGACUCUGACACGGAAUCGGAUCUAGAUUUGAGAGAAACAAGAAGAAUAUUAAGAAAUUAAUAUGAGGAAUCUAACAGUGGAU